AUGCCACGUGGAAUAUUUUUCCUCUCAUUUCUAAUAUUGGUCUUACUUCAUAUUAUUUAUUUCUUGCCAAUAAUCACUGCCCAAUCUCUUGCUAAACGUUUCCCGAUAGAACAUUCGCCGAUAAUAAACUCAAAACCUAACGUUCCAAGUUUACGUGAAAAAGGAGGAGGCAUCAAUAAAGCAAGCGUAAAUUCGCCAUCAACUUCAUUAUCUUUACCAACGGAUGCUUCGCUGACUCACCAAGGAAAUGUUGCUGCGGAAGCAACCACAAAGGUAAAAACGAUGGUGCAUACGACAGUUUAUGGGGUUAAGCCAACCGACACUGGGAAAUCUUCGAUGGAAGGUAAAUCGUCUGGCAAUAAACGUGGAAGGAGUGAGGGAUCGGGAAUGUUGAUAGGCGUUCUAGUUGGAAUUCUCAUUGUCUUUUUAAAACAGUUAUGA